UAGAUCUUCAAAAAUGCAGAGAAAAUUCAAUGAUGUCGUUACCUAAGCAACCAAACUCCUCCCCGGGUUGCUUUACCUAUCUCAUGUCUUGUCCAGACGUUCAGCGAUAGAGCAUGCUGUAUUAUUGAUGAGGGUAGCAGUAGGGACAUCCACUUGUGGCUUGAGACGAGUUUAAGUUAGUAGUAAAAUAAAAUGCCUGGCUGCUUGGUCAUUUUGUUAGGCUAUAUGAAAUACGCGGAUGGAGCAGGUGUCACGAAGUUGUUCUGGAUAUGAAACUCCAUUAAACUACUUCAAAGACGCAUGCAUGACAGGCUACAGGAGACAGUACUAUAGCCUAAUUAAGGAGUAGCCUAGCUCUUGCACAUGAUUGCUUUGGAGAGGCUACAAGUUACCAGUUACCAACACAUUAAAUACUAUUCUGAGAGAACAAUGCAUAUCCCUCAAUAAUUGUUACUACCCCCCCAUUCUGCUUACCUUUCUCUGUUGCUAAGACAUGAAUAGACCAACACCUACAGAACCGAAUUGCAAACACAAAGAGGCAGGUUCAGUCACAGCCUCCAGAAAUGCCUUAGGACGAAGCAUGGAGGGAGCACCAGAAAACCUAGAUGACGAGGCAGAGGCUGACGAGGAGAGGCCUUCCUCAAUCUUGUGGGAAAGGUACAUUCAGCAGAGUAUAUUUGUGGACAUAAGUGAAGAUGACAGCCUGCAUUUCAGUGAUCUGCAACCUGGCUCUUUCAACAUCUGCCUCAAUCAAGACUCAGAAGUGUCAGAGUCCAGCAUUAAAAUCAGUGAAAACACAGAACUGGACAGUUCAGAUGAGGAGGAUAAGGAAUUUGCUGAAACUAGUGUCACCACCUCCAGUGGUGGAUCUGGGACAGGCAGCAGUAGCAUUAAAGACAGCGCAACACAUCUGUCCCGAACAGCAGGGAAAACUCCUAUGAGCUCUAAGAGAAAGCAGAUGUGGGGGUAUGAUGACAAUCCUGUGAACACCAGCGACGAAGACCAAGAGGAUCUUCCAUAUGAUGGUGACCUGAUAAAACAAGGUUAUCUUAAUGAUGCUCAAAGAAAGACUUCUGACAAAGAGGAGCAAAUAAUGAACAACUGUGAAAAUAUAAGUGAAAAAACUGCCACGGAUUUAAAUAUUGUGGACAGUCAGUUGCCUAAUUCUGGAGUUGAUGGUCCUCUUGUAAACAGUGCUGGUGGAAAAGAGUGGUGUACUGAUCAAAGAGAGCCAGAGGAGGCUGUUCCUACAUCAAACAAACCUCAACAUGUAAGAGGCACUUUGAUCUCAGACCUCUUGCUACGCCACUUCACACAAGAGCAUUUGCUGAACGCCACCAUGUUCAUAGAUGCGGAGACUCUUCCAGAUGUUUCCUUGAUGGAGAGCUUGGAUGACACAGUGGUGAGCAUGGUCUCUCAGCUCGUCCCACGCCAAGAGGAGGCUGUGUCUGGUCUCAGUAAUGGAGACAGAGAUGAUGGCCAAGAAGAAGAUGAAGUGAUUAGUGGAGAUGGCAUCUUAGAAACGUUAGAGCAAGGGGAUGUUAGCGGUCAACUGGGCCCUGGGUCAGAGAGCUCAGGGUCUGAGAGCAAGCGUAAUUCCCCAGAGUUGAGACAUAGAUCCAGCAGUCCCCAGCCAGCUAAUGCUGAGGACUCCAUCCAGAGAUGCCCUCUAGUCAGGACCAGGUCCUUCAGUGAGCUGAAGUACGGACAGGGGCAGGUACACUAUCCUCUACCAGACUUUUCCAAGGUGGCACCCAAGGUCAAGAUCCCCAAAGCCAGCAGUGCCGUGAGGUCUGUGUGCCCCUCUCCAGGCAUCCUGAGGGCCCAGUCCUCUCCAGGAAUGCUGGCCAAGUCCUCAGCCUCCAAUAUGGCCACCAUGAACGUGAUCAGCAGGGUACUGGAGGAUGCCAUACCGCCUCCUGAAAAGCUGUUUUUCUUCAGAGAGCAGGAGAUGUGUCAGGGGUCCGUUCACCACUUGCAGGCGGAAUAUGACAUGCUGGUCACCAAAAAUGCAGAAGCGGAAAACUUAAUUGAUCAAAUGAGGCUGGGUGCCAAUAUCCAAGCACGCUGUGAACCUUCUCUUCAGACAAGCUGCUCUGAUAAAGAAGAAGACAUCAAAGGGGUUGGGAUAGAUUUGUGUAAAUUUGAAGAUACUGAGAGGUCCACUGAGCCUCAUCAAAAAGGGUCUGAUAAGGAUUUUGCCAAAGUCCCUGAGCCAAGCACAGCCCCUCCCCCCAAAACAAAGGAACAGAGUGAAGGGGAAAAGAUGACUAGUGAACUAAUGGCUAUUAUUAGUCAGUUUGGGGUUAAGGUGGCAGAGUUCAAAAAUGGAGUCAGUACGAUGUCAAUAAGUAUAGAGGAACAACAAAUGGUCUUUAAAAGUAUUACGGAUGCUCAGGAUCAGCUGGAGAGGAAUUACAUGGCUAAGAAGGAAGAACACAGGGCUCUGGAGAUGCGUAGCUAUAUGGGCAUUGCCAGAAACACUGGCGAGUUUGACCCAGACAAGCAGGUGGAGGGGGAGAUAUUCAGGAUAGGCAUGCUCCUGGAGGACGUUAAAGAGCAGAUAGACACUAACGUCUGUCAGAGCUUCUCCCCUCCGCCCUCGACCUCCACCCCUGCACCGCCCUCCCCCCAGCCACCGCUGCAUGAGGAGAUGGAGCCCUGCUUUUCCACAAGUGUUGACGAGUGUGUGCAGGAGAAUGGGGCCGGUGGAGAUGGACAAGCAUCAGCAGGCUCAGCGCUGAACAUCACAGGAGACAGCAGCAUCAGUCUACAGUACUCAGACACAUCCCUGGAGAGGCUGGUGUAUACACUGCCCACUGAUGAAGAGGAAGAGAGCCUGCCCGCUCCAACGGAGGAUGAGGACCAUGGCACACUUCUGGCAUCUUCCGUGUGCUCUGUGACUGAGGACAGGCUGUGGGACUCGGUGAGCCCUGGUUUGAAGCAGUCACUUAAAUCAGUGUGUGAGUUGAGCAAGAGGCCACUAGGUGGAGCUCUCUCCGUCUCAAAUGGAAACACACAAGACCCCCUGGACCAGGCUCUGAGCUCUGUACAGAAGACUGUGAGUCCAGAGAUUGACAGUGGGUUUGGAAGCACUGACCUGAGCAGACCAACCUCAGAACAGUCUCAACCACAGGCACACACGCAGAGGCUGCAGCUCCUCUUAGACCACUGCAGUCCCCUCAGCAUGAGUGGCUCCGACAGCGAAGUGUCCGCCUCCCUCCUACAAACUACCAUCAAUACGGCAACCAUCCACCGCCCUAAGCCACUUCGCAUCACCGGAACCGACCAAUGGCUGACGAGAUGCCAACAGGACAGGCCAAUCUCAUGUCAGGAUGGUGGGGUGAACCCUCUCAAAGAAGGUGCCACUCUUGCCUCUGAACAGCUCACUCAGUUGACCAGGGAAGGCCGUGUGUCCAGUUUCUCACGUGUACCUGCCAGUGUUGGCACGGGCACCCUACCACCCAGCGAAACCCAGCCCCACGUCUGCCCCUGCCACAACGAGGCCAUCCUGACCCUGCAGUCUGAGGUGGCCAACCUGAAGAGAGAGCUGGAGGAGCGCCUCUCCCACCUGCCCCACUUCUCCAAGCAGGUGGCCCAGCUGGCACAGGCCCGACCCCGGCAGGAGAGGAGGCCCAAGGCCCAGCCCAGGGGUCAUCACCGGCCCAGCUCCAGCAGCAGGUGCACAAAGUCCAACUCAGGCUCCCUCAAGGUGGAUGACUGGAUUUCUUCAGAUAUGGACCAAAGCAAGAGCAAAGGUACAGACAGUGGGGGCUCAGACCUCAGUGGGAAUCUGCAGAAGUCACUCAGCAGCAGCACAUCAGGCUUCCUGGGCCCACAGAGGAAAUCCCAGAUCAGCGCGUCCACUGGGGAUAGACAGUGGUCCCCAGAACUCCCCCUCUUUGACUCCACCAGAGACACCAGUCAGAGACAGGCCUACCGCACCAGCUACCUGACACCAGCCAAAGGGAUGGAGGAUGUGUAUGGAAAGGACAGGGAGAUGACAUGCUAUGUGCAGCCACUGCAGAGGCCACUGCGACAGGUCAACUAUGCCUCCUCCUGCAGUCUUCCAGCUGGUUUCAAAGUGCUGGAAGGCCAGUCCCACUCCGUUCCAGUCCAGAGGAGGUGCUCUACCCAGUCGGACUCGGCCCUCCUGCCAGGCUGCGUCUUCCUCCGGCGGACCCCGGCCUCGCCUCUCUGCUCUCCCCGGCCCCAGAGCUCCAAAGGCAAGCACAGGAACAGCAAGGAUGAGGACAUCAGUCGGACCCUGGACAAGGCCAUAGAGGCCGCCCGCAGCAUGAAACACACCACCGAGCGCAUGGCCAAGAGUCUCUCGGCAGACCUGGCCAAGGCGGAGCUCCAGCGCAAGCUCCGAGGGCUCUACCCUCUGGAGAACAUACCCGACACGGAGCCCUGACCAGGCUGGACACUGGGCCACUCUCAAGAGCUGUGGUUUAGCCACAAUACUGUGAUGGGACUGUUAUUUAUAUUGAAAAUGUAGAACUUUUAAAUGAGACCAUGCUAUUUAAUGUAACUGUUACAUGUUUGUAUUAAUAUUUGUUGAGUGUGUAUUUAAAACAGUCCACUGGAAUGUAUGUUACCUUUGUGAAAUGUUUUCAUUUGGCAGAUUUUAUCAUGAGCAUGUUAUUCCUCCACUGCCAGAAUCCACUGCAAAAUGAUGGUACAGCUGUGUGCGGUAGGUAGGCACAAGCUAGUCUUUAAUCCUUUUUGCGCUCAUCUAUUCUAUUCCUAUAGGACCCUAAGCUCUUUCAUUCAACUCCAGUUGGCAGCUAUUGACCAAACAUAGUCACCACAGCCGGUGAUCUCAUUUACAGUAGAUUCUCACUUCAAUGUCUUAAAAUAACAUAGUGUGGUCCAACCAUUGUAACCACUGAAAUCAAAAUACACAUAUAAUAGAAUGGGAUAUGACUGAAUCAUUUCACCCCUCCCCCCCACCCCUCCCCCCGCUGUAGUUGUGUUGCCAUUGCCCUCUCCCCCGUAGCUAACUCAAACACCUGAGACCUCACCUUUGCAUCCAAAGCAACAACAAAAAAACAGUGAUUGAGUUUGUAUUGCCCUUUUUUGUCCGUGGUGUUACGGCCCCUGUGGUAUAUUCCUCUGUGUGUUUUCUUUUUAUGGGAGAUUGUGUUUCUCGUGUUGUCUUCUUCUGGUGUUAACAGAAGCAUCACUGUUCCGUCUGAUUGUCUGGGUAGUAAUUCCCUGACUCUGACUUUUAACAAUGUAAUGCAUUUCAGAAAAAGGAAAAACGAAAGAUUUGUUUUGUUGUUGUUGUGGUCCUGAGGAGUCGAAAGUUGUUGCUCUCUAAAAUGUGAUUCUUUUUUUGCCUUAGAUACUGUUGUUAUUAUAUAAAACUUUGUGAAGGAUAGACAUGUCAAAUGAGUAACUGUAAAUCCACAGUUUUUGUUGCAUAACCACAUCUAUACUAUCCAUACAUUUUAAGCAACAAGACAAUAUACUGUAUACAAUGACUGUAUGUCACUCUCAUGACGUAAAAAGAGUUUUUUAUUAAAAAAAAAAAUGUGUUAAAGCAUUUGGCAGCCACACAGACUUAAACAUGAUCUUUUUACAUUCUUUGGUCAUCCACAAAUACCUAAUGCCUUAUUUUUUAGAGAGAUUUCUACACGGUGCUAUUUACAAACUAUAACACUAAAUAAUCAAUAUAUUAAAAAUUUAUUAAAAUAUCAACAUAUUACUGCAACAAAGGCAGAAAACAACUGAACUUUGAAUGUUUCCACUAACAGAUGGACACUGGCUUUCCUGUAAACACUGAAGUCAAUAAAAGACUCAAAAAUAAAGCUUGAUCUGUAACACAUCAGAGGUUUUAAAUAUGUAGCCAAUGUCUUUUCAGAUGAAUCACGUGUUACAUAACAAAUAAAGACAGUCUGAUGUGCACACAUUCACAAAGGCUCUUACGGCCUUGCCAUUUUAAUCUUAGCCUCCAGAUGAUAAUGGUACAAAUUAAUUGGAUAUGUUUGGGCUGGGUCUCACGUCUUCACCAGGGCCUGUUCACUGCAGGGCUGUUUUGAAACAGAAGGUGUAACCUGAUGUGGGCUGCUCCAGGGUUGACCUGUACAGGUGACAACAGGAUAAAGAAGAGGAAACCAGCAGGGGGAAAAAACACCUUUGCUGUUCCUGAUUAGAAACCAGCCUAGUACACAGAGGCCUGUUCUGGCCACUGCCAGGGUGGUAACUGAACUGGACUAUUGUGCAUGUGGUCUGACUUUAGCCAGGCUGGGAAUACAAUAGAAAAGACCCAAACGUUAAAGGAAGAAACAGAAAUGUCUCUUAUUGGUAGCUUACAUAAUUGGUUUAUAUGACACAAAAGCUUGACGUUGAUUAUUUCAAUAAAUAUAUAUUUUACCA